AUGCUAGCGCCGAUAACCAGUUGGGCUAAAGUAAUCAAGAACAGCUAUCUCAAUCCAACUAAUUUUUGGCAUGGGGACUUGGAUGAAGUGCCAUUGAAUUUGCCCAUAGAUACUCAGAUGUACUUAUUCAAAGCUCGAUAUAGUGAUAUGGAUGGUGGACAGAAAUUUUAUCACUAUCACUAUAUCGAGCGUGUUUUUUUCUUACUCCGCGAAUUAUUUAGUGAUAUUUCUAAUGCCGCUUACAAAAAUAAACUCAGAGCUCGAUAUAGUGAUACUGGUGGAUUCAAAUUUUAUCACUAUCCCUAUAUCGAAAAAUAG